AUGGCGAGACAUCAUUCCAGAGCCUCACUGCAUGCUGCACAUGAGCUCUUUCCAACAUCUGAUAGCACUGGUCAUGCAGGUGAGGACCCUAUCUCGCAAAAGAAGCUCCUUGUUGAUCAUUGCGAGGGUGUUUGGAAUGUCGAAAAGAAUAUUCUUGGAUGGAUCUUUGAUAAUGGAUUUGGACGCACUAUGCAACUCCUCACUCCCAAAAUUGAGAAAAUGCUCCAAGCUAUCAGACAUAUCAUUCACCACAAGUCAUGUGCCACUACAGAGUUUCAGUCAAUUAUUGGCAAAUUGCAGCAUGCUACCCUUGGCCUUCCAACAAAACAGACUUUCAUCACCACAUUGUCUCCCUGUCUCAAGAGUUCCCACCACUCAACUGGCAGGAUUCACAUUCACACACCGUCUCUCUUGAACAAAUUCAAUAUGAAGCUCUUGUACUUGAGGGGGGUAAUUUGGAAAACACAAUGUUAUUCAAAACUCUCCCUGCUGAUGAGGAUGCUUGUAAAAUCCAGCAGAAUAGCUUACACGGUGUGUACGGUGCGGGUGAACUUGUCUCUCAGCUGGCCGUUGGAUUCUUCUAUCCUUGGUGGUAUGCCAUAUGUUGCUCUUACAGGUGAGACACUUCUGACUGCCAUGUCCUCUGCUGACUCCUUUACCUUCCAACUGAUCCAACAGUGUGCCAGUUGUACCGACAACAUCAUGUUUGUGGAAUACUUACUGUGGGGAGGUUAUCUGUUCAUUUUGUGA